AUGCAGUACAGCUUCCAAGAGGGAGACGCCAAAACACCAAUCAGCUUCCUGAAUGAGCUGAAGACACAGACUGCCUCACCUACAACAGUUUCUCCAAUGACUACAAGCAGGCUGAUUGUGACAUCUGCAGCAACUCAUUCCAAAAUUCCUUCUUCUGCAGUGGUCUACAGCAGGCUGGUGUUCAAGUCCCCCUCUCCUGUCCCCAGUGAGAGUUUGGUCCUCAAUGCUACCAACACUUUGCUCAAGUCUCGACGUGCAAACCUCAGUAAUUCUACACAAGUGCUGAACGUCACCUAUGAGAAAAUUUCAGAAACGUCCUAUGCCGUCAUCUUCACAAUCAGGGUCAGUAACAUCAGCACGCCUGAGAGCCCUGUCCUCAUGAACGGCACCUACACCCAACUGAAGAACUCUGUCAACAUCGCUCUAAACACACUGCUUAAUGAACCUAGUGCAGAACUGUUUGAACCCCAGAGCUCUGACUUCAGAACGUCAGCAAACCAGGUUGAUGGUAACAUGCAGUACAGCUUCCAAGAGGGAGACGCCAAAACACCAAUCAGCUUCCUGAAUGAGCUGAAGACACAGACUGCCUCACCUACAACAGUUUCUCCAAUGACUACAAGCAGGCUGAUUGUGACAUCUGCAGCAACUCAUUCCAAAAUUCCUUCUUCUGCAGUGGUCUACAGCAGGCUGGUGUUCAAGUCCCCCUCUCCUGUCCCCAGUGAGAGUUUGGUCCUCAAUGCUACCAACACUUUGCUCAAGUCUCGACGUGCAAACCUCAGUAAUUCUACACAAGUGCUGAACGUCACCUAUGAGAAAAUUUCAGAAACGUCCUAUGCCGUCAUCUUCACAAUCAGCGUCAGUAACAUCAGCAUGCCUGAGAGCCCUGUCCUCAUGAACGGCACCUACACCCAACUGAAGAACUCUGUCAACAUCGCUCUAAACACACUGCUUAAUGAACCUAGAGCAGAACUGUUUGAACCCCAGAGCUCUGACUUCAGAACGUCAGCAAACCAGGUUGAUGGUAACAUGCAGUACAGCUUCCAAGAGGGAGACGCCAAAACACCAAUCAGCUUCCUGAAUGAGCUGAAGACACAGACUGUGGUCUACAGCAGGCUGGUGUUCAAGUCCCCCUCUCCUGUCCCCAGUGAGAGUUUGGUCCUCAAUGCUACCAACACUUUGCUCAAGUCUCGACGUGCAAACCUCAGUAAUUCUACACAAGUGCUGAACUUCACCUAUGAGAAAAUUUCAGAAACGUCCUAUGCCGUCAUCUUCACAAUCAGGGUCAGUAACAUCAGCACGCCUGAGAGCCCUGUCCUCAUGAGCGGCACCUACACCCAACUGAAGAACUCUGUCAACAUCGCUCUAAACACACUGCUUAAUGAACCUAGAGCAGAACUGUUUGAACCCCAGAGCUCUGACUUCAGAACGUCAGCAAACCAGGUUGAUGGUAACAUGCAGUACAGCUUCCAAGAGGGAGACGCCAAAACACCAAUCAGCUUCCUGAAUGAGCUGAAGACACAGACUGCCUCACCUACAACAGUUUCUCCAAUGACUACAAGCAGGCUGAUUGUGACAUCUGCAGCAACUCAUUCCAAAAUUCCUUCUUCUGCAGUGGUCUACAGCAGGCUGGUGUUCAAGUCCCCCUCUCCUGUCCCCAGUGAGAGUUUGGUCCUCAAUGCUACCAACACUUUGCUCAAGUCUCGACGUGCAAACCUCAGUAAUUCUACACAAGUGCUGAACGUCACCUAUGAGAAAAUUUCAGAAACGUCCUAUGCCGUCAUCUUCACAAUCAGGGUCAGUAACAUCAGCAUGCCUGAGAGCCCUGUCCUCAUGAACGGCACCUACACCCAACUGAAGAACUCUGUCAACAUCGCUCUAAACACACUGCUUAAUGAACCUAGAGCAGAACUGUUUGGACCCCAGAGCUCUGACUUCAGAACGUCAGCAAACCAGGUUGAUGGUAACAUGCAGUACAGCUUCCAAGAGGGAGACGCCAAAACACCAAUCAGCUUCCUGAAUGAGCUGAAGACACAGACUGUGGUCUACAGCAGGCUGGUGUUCAAGUCCUCCUCUCCUGUCCCCAGUGAGAGUUUGGUCCUCAAUGCUACCAACACUUUGCUCAAGUCUCGACGUGCAAACCUCAGUAAUUCUACACAAGUGCUGAACGUCACCUAUGAGAAAAUUUCAGAAACGUCCUAUGCCGUCAUCUUCACAAUCAGGGUCAGUAACAUCAGCAUGCCUGAGAGCCCUGUCCUCAUGAAUGGCACCUACACCCAACUGAAGAACUCUGUCAACAUCGCUCUAAACACACUGCUUAAUGAACCUAGAGCAGAACUGUUUGAACCCCAGAGCUCUGACUUCAGAACGUCAGCAAACCAGGUUGAUGGUAACAUGCAGUACAGCUUCCAAGAGGGAGACGCCAAAACACCAAUCAGCUUCCUGAAUGAGCUGAAGACACAGACUGCCUCACCUACAACAGUUUCUCCAAUGACUACAAGCAGGCUGAUUGUGACAUCUGCAGCAACUCAUUCCAAAAUUCCUUCUUCUGCAGUGGUCUACAGCAGGCUGGUGUUCAAGUCCCCCUCUCCUGUCCCCAGUGAGAGUUUGGUCCUCAAUGCUACCAACACUUUGCUCAAGUCUCGACGUGCAAACCUCAGUAAUUCUACACAAGUGCUGAACGUCACCUAUGAGAAAAUUUCAGAAACGUCCUAUGCCGUCAUCUUCACAAUCAGGGUCAGUAACAUCAGCAUGCCUGAGAGCCCUGUCCUCAUGAACGGCACCUACACCCAACUGAAGAACUCUGUCAACAUCGCUCUAAACACACUGCUUAAUGAACCUAGAGCAGAACUGUUUGAACCCCAGAGCUCUGACUUCAGAACGUCAGCAAACCAGGUUGAUGGUAACAUGCAGUACAGCUUCCAAGAUGGAGACGCCAAAACACCAAUCAGCUUCCUGAAUGAGCUGAAGACACAGACUGCCUCACCUACAACAGUUUCUCCAAUGACUACAAGCAGGCUGAUUGUGACAUCUGCAGCAACUCAUUCCAAAAUUCCUUCUUCUGCAGUGGUCUACAGCAGGCUGGUGUUCAAGUCCCCCUCUCCUGUCCCCAGUGAGAGUUUGGUCCUCAAUGCUACCAACACUUUGCUCAAGUCUCGACGUGCAAACCUCAGUAAUUCUACACAAGUGCUGAACGUCACCUAUGAGAAAAUUUCAGAAACGUCCUAUGCCGUCAUCUUCACAAUCAGGGUCAGUAACAUCAGCAUGCCUGAGAGCCCUGUCCUCAUGAAUGGCACCUACACCCAACUGAAGAACUCUGUCAACAUCGCUCUAAACACACUGCUUAAUGAACCUAGAGCAGAACUGUUUGAACCCCAGAGCUCUGACUUCAGAACGUCAGCAAACCAGGUUGAUGGUAACAUGCAGUACAGCUUCCAAGAGGGAGACGCCAAAACACCAAUCAGCUUCCUGAAUGAGCUGAAGACACAGACUGUGGUCUACAGCAGGCUGGUGUUCAAGUCCCCCUCUCCUGUCCCCAGUGAGAGUUUGGUCCUCAAUGCUACCAACACUUUGCUCAAGUCUCGACGUGCAAACCUCAGUAAUUCUACACAAGUGCUGAACGUCACCUAUGAGAAAAUUUCAGAAACGUCCUAUGCCAUCAUCUUCACAAUCAGCGUCAGUAACAUCAGCAUGCCUGAGAGCCCUGUCCUCAUGAACGGCACCUACACCCAACUGAAGAACUCUGUCAACAUCGCUCUAAACACACUGCUUAAUGAACCUAGAGCAGAACUGUUUGGACCCCAGAGCUCUGACUUCAGAACGUCAGCAAACCAGGUUGAUGGUAACAUGCAGUACAGCUUCCAAGAGGGAGACGCCAAAACACCAAUCAGCUUCCUGAAUGAGCUGAAGACACAGACUGUGGUCUACAGCAGGCUGGUGUUCAAGUCCCCCUCUCCUGUCCCCAGUGAGAGUUUGGUCCUCAAUGCUACCAACACUUUGCUCAAGUCUCGACGUGCAAACCUCAGUAAUUCUACACAAGUGCUGAACGUCACCUAUGAGAAAAUUUCAGAAACGUCCUAUGCCGUCAUCUUCACAAUCAGGGUCAGUAACAUCAGCAUGCCUGAGAGCCCUGUCUUCAAGAACGGCACCUACACCCAACUGAAGAACUCUGUCAACAUCGCUCUAAACACACUGCUUAAUGAACCUAGAGCAGAACUGUUUGAACCCCAGAGCUCUGACUUCAGAACGUCAGCAAACCAGGUUGAUGGUAACAUGCAGUACAGCUUCCAAGAGGGAGACGCCAAAACACCAAUCAGCUUCCUGAAUGAGCUGAAGACACAGACUGGUACGUUCAGUCACAGUACUGUGUAUCAUAGGUGUCCUACUUCUGCAGUGGUCUACAGCAGGCUGGUGUUCAAGUCCCCCUCUCCUGUCCCCAGUGAGAGUUUGGUCCUCAAUGCUACCAACACUUUGCUCAAGUCUCGACGUGCAAACCUCAGUAAUUCUAUACAAGUGCUGAACUUCACCUAUGAGAAAAUUUCAGAAACGUCCUAUGCCAUCAUCUUCACAAUCAGCGUCAGUAACAUCAGCAUGCCUGAGAGCCCUGUCCUCAUGAAUGGCACCUACACCCAACUGAAGAACUCUGUCAACAUCGCUCUAAACACACUGCUUAAUGAACCUAGAGCAGAACUGUUUGGACCCCAGAGCUCUGACUUCAGAACGUCAGCAAACCAGGUUGAUGGUAACAUGCAGUACAGCUUCCAAGAUGGAGACGCCAAAACACCAAUCAGCUUCCUGAAUGAGCUGAAGACACAUAGUGGCAACACACCCACCAUGCCCCCAAUAGCAAUCACAGCUUUGCAGAGCACAGCAGUUCCAACUCCAGAGAUUUCAACAACUUCAGUUCUGGAUAGAACUACAUCUACAAUUAUGAAGAUCACGACAUCUCCCACUCCAGAGAUCACGGCAGCUCCAGCUCAGCAGAUCACGGCAGCUCCACCUCAGCAGAUCUCAGCAGUUCCAACUUUGUAA